CUGACACACUUGAGACAGAAAACACCCGACCGCUUGCCUCAGAUACACAGAACUCCAGAACACGACAGAGUUUGUUAAAGGAAGCUUUGAAGAAGCUGUGAUGAAACUGAAUUGAGAUGAUUUCUUGGCUGGUUCUCCGUGGCAGCAGAGCCGGCGGGUCGGUGUGUCCCAGCACGGCAGCUCCGGGCAGCGGCGGGAGCUCCUGUUUAUCCAGAGAGAGAGCCGACCUGCAGCAGCUGAACAGGAGGCUGGCUUCAUACCUGCAGCAGGUCGAGCAUCUCGAGGCAGCCAAUCAGAUGCUGGAGCAUCAGAUCGAGGAGGAGCUGGACAGAAAGUGUCCCCGAGAGUUGAGGUGGCUGGACGGACACCUGAGGACCGCCUCCCUGCUGCAGGGCCAGAUCAGCGAAUGUCUCUCGGCCCAGGCUCAGGCAAAGCUGCAGUUACUCGAAGCAGAACUCACCGUCUUUGACCUCAAAGAAAGGUGCCAAAAGGUGCGUGAGCAGCGUACUCACCUGGAGGCGGAGCUUAGUGACCUCGGGCUGCUGGGGGAGGUCCUGAAAGUUCACAGUCUGCCUGAGCUUCAGAAUCUGCUGAAUGAGCAAAAGCAAGAGAAAGCGGAUCUGCAGACUCAACACCAGCAGGAUAUGCAGGUUCUCCUGGCCCAGAUAUCAGGGGGCGUCACUGCUGAGAUGCACAUCACUGAGUCUUCAGACCUGAUCCAACAGGUGGACCACCUGAGACAGACGAGUGUUGGACACCUGGACAAGAACAAGAGCAAACCCAGGUGCAAGACUGAGCUGUCCAUGCAGAGCAUUUCACAGGUGACCUUUGACCCUUCACUGGGGUCAGACGCUGACAGAGCCGAGCUAGAAGCAAUGAGGAGAGAAGUGUGCUGUCUGACAGCAGAACUGACGCGACUUCAGGCUGCGGUCUUGGUGUUGGAGUCCUCUGGUCGGGAGCAGAAGGAGUCAUUACUCCAGCACCUGGUGGUCCUACAGGAGUCAGCAGAUGGUUUGUGCAGAGACCUGGACUCGGUGCUCCAGGCUGCAGCUCAGCAGGCUGCAGACCAUCAGUCCCUGCUGGACGUCAAGAACCAACUGGGGGCCGAGAUACAGGACUACAAGCAGCUGCUGGACAGCGUGGACCGUCAGGGAGUUUCACAUGUUGACUUUAACUCCAAGCCAGAUGUCAGAUCUUCCUGUCUUGAGACCAGAAAACCCACAUUCAGGAGCAACAAGAUGGUGAACAGAACCGUCAGUGUUCAGGGCGGCCGCAUUCACACUCUUGAACAAACACCGAUAGUUUCACCGAAAACAGCGACUGCAGCCCAGUCAGAUUUUGUCCACAACAAACAUCCAAAUAACUCACCUAGAACACCGACCAAGCCUCUGAUGGAGACCAUCCAAAAUUCUGAAAACCAGAGAACAGUAGUGCUUUAUAAAAAAGUGGGCAAGUCCAUCAUUUCUACAGAGACAGGCAGCAGACAGAGGAGCCCUGUGGAAGAUAAAGUUCAUACUAAAGAUCAUGAUGUUGGGGCUCAAACUAGCCGAGACGUGCGAGCUUUGGUCAAGACUUCCAAAACGGGAGUAAUCACAGCUCUGGUUCCUGACAGCAUCGAUGCCUUUCAGACCAAACAAGAGACCUUUACUUCCAAACAAGCUGGUUCACUCUCUACUGACAGAGGGACAGACAUGGAAACUAACAAAAACACUCCUUCUGCAGGACCAGACGUAAUUCAAAAACCACAUUUUGUAAUGUAUGAGACCUCGUUUCAUCUCUGCAAACCAGUUGCUGUUGAGGUAAAAGUGAGAGAAGCUUUGAUUUAUACUCAGAUGGAUCCGAUUGAAGCCUCCUUCCAAGCAAAGGAAAAAGAUCCAACAAAGAUCAUCAUCAGGGAGGCUGAGACUCAUCCAGAAGCUGUCAGGGACAUGGAUGAAAAUGUCAGUACACCGCACAAGCCACCCGGAUCUCCUCCAGUGUUUAGAUCAAGUAAGGUUCAGAGUGACGUCUGGGGUGAGGUAGCCCUUAUGAAAGAAACAGAUAAAGGAACAAAUGAAAGGUCUGUAAAUCAAACAGUAGACACAGAAGAUGUUCAAAUCCUUGAUCAGAGUUUGGGAUUGUCCAAAACUGAACUGAAUAAACUCAUAGAAGACAAACCUGCAGUGCAUGACAAUGAACAUUUUUUGUCUAGUAUCUCAGAAAUUAAUAACAAGCUUCACAGUAAAACUACAAGUGCUGAGAACUUAAAGGAAGAAGUAGACAAAGUAGAAGAACUCCACGACUGCAAGGAAGUGAAGAUGAACCAUCUUAAAUCAGAAAAUGAGCUGAUAAAUCUGCAAAGUCAGGAGAUAUAUUUCAGUGCUACAAACUCAGAAAUGUCUAUAAGUCUAACUGAUUCUGGUGUGGCUUUAAGUUCCUCCAGCCCUGAAGAGCCUCAGAGUCCAAGAGAAGAGGAAUCAAUGAGUCCAACAAAGCCAGACGCAUGCUUGAAUCCAGAAAAGUGUUCAAUGAAGAGUUCCACUGAGCCAGAACCGUAUCUCACACCAAAUGAUCCACACAUAUGUUUAAACCCAACUGAGGAUAUGACUGAGGUGGAUGAUGGGCUUGUAGACAGAAAGGAAGAAGCAGAAGAUACUUUGAUUGUCCUGAGUUUAGAUAAAAGUUUAACAAAUAUGUCCAACAACAAACUUGUGAAGGAUGCAGAUUCAUGGACCAGUGUCGCCAUUUCUUCUCCAGAAAGCAAGGAAAAUAAAAAGUGUUAUAUUCAACAUACAGAUAGUUUAAAGGCAGAAGUGGAUGAAAUGAAAACAGUCAACAAUGCCAGCGAGGUAAAGCUGGAUCCAGUCGAGUCUAAGAAGAAGACAAGUGAUCUUUCAGGUGAAGAGGCGUCAAAUAUAUCUACAAGUUUAACAGAUUCUGGUGUCGGUUUGAGCUGUUCCUCUUAUGAAGAGUUACAAAGUCCAAAAGAAGUCCAUUUGUCAGUCGGUGAAACAAAUUCACCCAGCUGCUUGAGCCCAAAAAUAUGUGUGAGUCCGGAUGAGACCGAGGUCAUGCUAAACCUUACAGAUCAAGUGUUUUGCCCAGUAGAUGUGGAAGACCAAAUUGCAAGUCCUGAUCUACGUCCGAGUCCAAAUGACCCAGAAAAUUACCUCAGCCCAAAUGACUCAGACAUAUGUCUCAAUCCAGAUAGUGACGAAAAAGAAGAGGCAGGAAGUCUGAAUCUAACUGAGGCAAAUGCACGUGUUCACCCAGGAGAGAAAGUCAUUCUGUCAACAAAAGAGGACGGACAGUCGGUAUCAUUUAGUGGAGAUGGAUCAUUGCCAGAAGACAGAGGUACGAGAGUCAUAAUGUCAGAGGGAAACCGGGGUGUGCUUUUUAGGCCAUUUAAAGGUUAUGAAGGAAGGGGAGUUAAUCUGAAUGGCACAAAGAUAAGUUCUAGACCAACCAGUCAGAGAAGCAGCCUUCAGGUGAGCAGCAGUCAUGGAGGCUCGGUGUUUGGAGAUAGACGAAGUAUCAUAGCAGACAGAGAGGAACAGCUUGGUUUUGGAGGCCUUUAUCGCAGAAGAGAUGCAAGAAGGUCCAGAGGCAAAGAUGUAAGUGGUCCUGCAGAUGAAGAUAAGAUAGGAGGUGUGACUAUGAAUAGAGGUAUGAGGGGGCAGAGAAACAGUGACUGGCAAGUGAAGAACCAAACAGGUAAUGCCGAAGAAGCAAGCUUUGGAAAUACCCUUUCCACCAGAGGAAUGACCUCUAGCAAGCCCGGAGGUUUUAGCAACAGUGGAGAUGCACAAGUGGGUACAGCAGGGGUAAAGGGACGAUUCAGUGGAGACUCGAUGGUUUAUGGUGGCUGCUUGGGACAUAUGAGUGUCAGCUUACCGAACUCAGGGAGCAAGGAACAUCUUCCAGAAGAAGGGAGAUUUGGAAGUAGGGGGUGGAUGGUUUAUGGUGACAGUCUUAGACGUAAGAACAGCUUAGACGCUGGGACUAGCUUACCCAAUGAAAGGGGUGGAGAAAACUCAUCCAUCAAUGGAAAUCUUGCAACAAGUCCACCAGAAGCAGGGAGAUUUGGGAGGAGGUGGAUUGGAGAGUGGAUAUUUGACGGAGGCAGUCUUGGACGUAAGAACAGCUGGGCUGGCAGCGAUAGCUCGCUGAGUGCUGAGAGCAAAGAACGCCUUUCACCUGCCACAACCCCACCAGGAGCUGGGAUAUUUAGCCGUGGGGAGUGGAAGGUUUACGGUUGGCAUGCUGGGUGCAUGAGCAGUGAUAGCAAAGACUGUCCCUCAGCAGCCACACACAUAGCAACAAGCCCACCAGGAACACCAGGAGCAGGAAGGUUUAGCAGUGGGGAGUGGACAGUGUAUUGUGGGAGUCCUGGUCGUGUGAGCAGAGCUGAUAGCGCUGACAGGGUCAGUGUCAGCAGCAGCCAGAUGGUCAGUCCUCCCAGCAGCUACGCCAGCAGUGGGCGUAGACUCAAUAGUGCUGGAAGUGGUGGCAGGCUGAGCUCGGCCAGUGUUGUGAGGCGCAGCAGCAGCGUGGGGAGAUUCACCGGCACGGGCAGCGGCGGAUGGAAACCUGUUUACAGCUCAGCGAGUGGGCACAGCGUGGGGAGUGCAGGGUGGGGCGGGGAAGAGAGGACAACCAACAGGCAAAGAGCUCCAAGCCCCGGGAGGAGGAUCGGGGGCAGUGGGGGGUGGCUAAGCAGUUCAAAGGCUGCUGGGAACCAGAUUAGCGGCGCAGGAAGUGGAUCCAAAGUCGCUGGUAGCAGUGAUAGACUCAGCAGUCAUGCUGGAGGGAGGAUCAGCAGUUCAGGGAGGACCAAUAAUACCGGGGGUAGGGUCAUCAGCAGCAGCGAUCGGCCAAUCAGGAGCACGGGAAGCCAAGCCGGACGCAGCAAGGAGAAGAUCAGCGUCUGCAAGAUGGCGGCACUAACGAUCUCAGCUGCAGGGAGGGAGAGAAGUCAGGAGAGGCAAAGACAAGCUCAGAGAGCCCGACAACCACGACAACAACAACAACGACAACAACCAUGACAACAACAGCAACCACGACAACAACAAGAACAACAACAACAACCAUGACAACAACAAGAACAACAACAACAACCAUGACAACAACAGCAACCAUGACAACAACAAGAACAACAACAAAAGGCUGCAGGUGAGAUCAAAGUCACAAAGACAACAAUACAAACACAUCCGAGGAGUUCACGUCCAGCAUGAAGAGAAAGUAAUGCAGGCGACACGAGCAAUGACCUGAUCUGAAAUAAGAACAUCGUUGUGGGGUCUUUACUUUUCAGUAUUAAGCAGCUUCAGGUGACUGUUGUUGUGAUUUGGUGGCUUAUAAAUAAAGCUGAAUUGAACUGACGCAUGCACACAUUAACUUUCUCGGAUUACUGAGGCUGUUUUCAAACAUGCUGAAAAGAGAAUCCAGAGUAAAUUUUAUUCCCAACAGGCUUAAAAUACACAAAGCCUGAGCUCAUGGAAAUCUGUGCUUUUAAUUCUAAAUGCCUGGAUCGACGCUUCUGACCAGGGCCGGACUGGGACAAAAAAUCGGCCCGGGCAUUUUGACUAGAGACUGGCCCACCAGGAUAUAGAUUGAAAAUGUGACGUCAUUCAGGGGUAAAAUCGCAAAGGAUUCUGGGAACUUGAGGCAAGAGGUACUAGCGCACGCAGGCUUUCAAUUGAACUCAGUUACACAGCGAUAAAAAGAAACACAAAGAAUGGCAAGAAGCUGCUGUAUUAUUAACUGCAAUAGCCGGUCGCAUGACAGCCACGGGAAGCCGACGGGUAAAGAGAUCGUUUUUUUUAUCGGAUUACGUCGUUGAAGAGAAAUUUUUUAAGCCAUGUUUCCGAAGUAAGAGCCGACGGAUGGUCUGGAUAUACCAAAUAUAACGUCUCAGAACACUCCAGCUCACAUGUUAGUCUGCUCCAAGCAUUCCCACAAAGCUCCCUCGCCUCUCGUCCAGCACUCGCUGACCACAGGUGUCAGGGUCAUGACCUCUGACCCUGAGGGCGUUGAUGACAUCAUGCAAGUCUGAGUAGGGUGAUAUUUUCCCCCUCAAAAUCAGCUGAUUCUUUUUCUACAUUAAAUAGUGAUUUUUUUUACAAAUUUAUUAUUAUUUUAGGCUUUUUCUCAUAUGGACAUUAAAGACUGACAGGAAGGACAUGCAGCAAAGGGCCACAGGUCGGAUUCAAUCCCGGGCCGGCCCCACUCAACCAUGCGGCAUAUGGUCGUCUGAUCAUCCCACUGAGCUGAACCAGUGCCCAUAGAUAUUGAAUUUAAUGGAGCCAUGACCACACAGCAGUUUUUAUCUCUAUAUGUUGAAUAUUUUCAGACUGACAGGUGCAGAGGCAGCAGACAUCCUCGCCAAAUCUUUUGGCUGAAAAACACUUUUAAGCUCUGAAGCAGUUUCAUUCACACUGAAAGUGUCACAGUCUAAAGACCAAAUCAGUGUUUUGUUUCCAAAUCUCAGAGUGUUAAAAUAUGAUGAUGCUGGAAAAUUAUUUUGACCCAGAAAGAAUGACGUGUUGAACAUGACGCUGUUAAAUCAGUGUUGGGGAGUAACGGAGUACAUGUACCAGCGUUACGUAUUUAAAAUACAAAAUAUGAGUAACUGUAUUCCGUUACAGUUACAGUUGAAAAAGGUGGUAUUCAGAAUACAGUUACUUUGUUAAAAUAAAUGGAUUACAUGGCGGUAUUUUCCUGUUUCCU